AGAAAAAAGAAAGACAUUCCAUUAUGGGAACUCAAGUAUUGUCCACUGCAACUUAUCUGCUCAUCCUGGUGUUUCUGUCCUCUCUUCAUGCAGCCUCUGGCAGUGAGUUGGCGCUGAUUUGUGCCCAGUCGAACCCUUCACCCUCUCUCCCUUCGUCUGUUCACUCGCUGAGGCCUGCAGACGUGUCUGUGCUGUCAGCGCUUGGCCUAUCCGCUUCAGACAGGUCUGCAGAAAUUAAGAUUCUGAGCAGGCUGUCUGAGAUUCUGUCCAGCUUUAAUCCAGAACUGACAACGCUGAUACCAGGACAGAGGGGUUUGAUCCAGGAAGCUGAGGAUGUGGUUCAGACACUUAACAAUAAUCAGUGGAAGCUGGUGCUCCUCUUCGUGUCAGUGGAUGAGCUCUGUGUCUGCCCAGCCCAGGUCGCUCCAGCAGUCAAGUCGAUGGUGCAGAGGGUAGAGGACGUGCUGGACAAACUGCAUGAGAAGUUGGAUCACACUCUGGUUCAUGUUGUGGUUUGGGGAGACCGAUCUGAUGGAAGAAAAUGUAAGUGUGAAGUGGGCAUCAGUGAAGACACACAGACAUGGCGUAGACUGGACAGAGCCAUCAUUAUGGCUAAUAUUCAGGACAGGCUAGGUGCCCUCCUGCAAAGGCGUCAUUAUUGGAGCGAUGGAGAAAACUUCACUGUGGCACUGCAGUCCAGUCCAACAUUUUUUGACUCCUCAGAUGCUUCAGUGGAAGACGAUUCACAAACACUCACACAGCUGUGGAACAAACUGCUGCAGCCAACGGCAUCCCAGGUGGAGGGGCGGGGCAAUGUUGUCCACUGUCCUACACAUGAGAAGCCGUAUCUGUACACACUGCGUAACUCACCUGUCCAGCCAGAGAGUGAAUCACACAGUGCAGGAGUAGAGACCAAUCCUAUGGCCACCAGUUUUCUGUGCACUGAUAAAAGUCCAUCUCCAUCAGUCCCCACCUCAGUGCACUUUCUUAGACCUGCAGAUAUUAAAGUGGUGGCGGCAUUAGGAGACUCGCUCACGGCAGGAAAUGGAGUGGGCGCCGGUCAGAAUAAUCUUCUCGGUGUUAUGACGGAGUACCGUGGUCUGUCAUGGAGCAUCGGAGGCAACGCAGAUCUUUCAUCUGUGACCACCUUAGCAAACAUCCUAAGGGAGUUUAAUCCUUCCCUCGCCGGCUUCUCCACCGGUACGGGCAAAGCCACCACGACGCAGGCAUUCCUCAACCAGGCUGUAGCUGGAGCCAAGAGCAAAGACUUGCCCUCGCAGGCACAAGCCCUCAUCGCAAGAAUGUCAAGUGACUCGCGCAUUGAUUUCCAGAAUGACUGGAAGGUCAUCACACUGUUUAUUGGAGGAAAUGAUCUGUGUGAACAAUGCGCAGACCCGGACUUUUACUCUGCUGAUAAUUUUGCAAGAAACAUCCGUGAUGCCUUGGACAUCUUACAGAAACAGGUUCCUCGUGUUCUAGUGAAUCUGGUGGAACUUUUUAACAUCGUUCCCCUGCGCCAGCUGCACCAGGACUUCAGCCUCCUCUGUCCAACCUGGUUGGUCGAGAGUAUAUGUCCCUGUGUGGUGAACCCUGCAGAAGGAUCUUCAGACCUGCAGGCUUUAAUAGAAAUAAACAAAGCAUAUCAGAUUGCUACGAGGAACUUGGUGGACUCUGGCCGCUAUAAAAUUCGUUCGGACUUCACUGUGGUCUUACAGCCAUUUUUCAGAGACAUGACGUUUCCAGUGCUGCCGGAUGGAAGGCCUGAUCGCUCCUUCUUUGCUGCGGAUUGUUUCCAUCUCAGUCAGAAAUCUCAGGGUCUCAUGGCCAGAGCCCUCUGGAACAACAUGCUGGAGUCUGUAAACAGUAAAACCACAUCUGUGGACUUUAAUAAAGGUGUGACUAUGAAGUGUCCUUCUAAGAAUAACCCUUAUUUUUCAACCUAUGGGAGCAGCAUGUUGAAAGAGGGAGCCGCACUCACAGCUGCGAACUGGGGCAGUGACUUCUCAUGCAUGCACACUGCUGCCUCAGACACUGUACCUGCUUCAGUCCACAGGUUGCGUCCAGGAGACAUUAAGGUAGUUGCUGCUCUCGGAGACUCGAUAACUGCUGGUUUUGGGGCCAGAGCUACAAACAUUGUGCAGCUACUGAAUGAGGAGAGAGGCGUGUCCUGGAGCAUUGGAGGUGAUGAGACUCUCGAAACAGUCACUACACUACCAAACAUCUUGAAAAAGUUCAACCCGAAUGUUUUCGGCUUUUCGCAAGGACGCGGCAAGAGGCCCAACGGCUUCAAUAUGGCCGUGAGCGGAGCCAAAGCAAUUGAUAUCCCGGACCAGGUCAGGGACUUGGUGAAGGAGUUAAAGAACAGCACGAGUGUAGACUUUGAGCAGGACUGGAAGUUGGUGACCCUUUUCAUAGGCGGGAAUGAUUUGUGUCAGUACUGCAGCAACCCGGCCUCUCUUUCUCCAAAAAUGUACAUAGGAUACAUUAAGGAAGCUCUGGACAUUCUGUAUAAUGAAGUACCCAGAGUGCUGGUCAAUUUUGUGGAGAUCCUACAGAUUGAGGACCUGCGUAAGAUAAAGUCAAAUGCCACAGGAUGCACCAUCUUACAGCCAACCCUGUGUCCAUGUUUCCUGCAACCUAAAGAGAACUCUGAGGAGCUGGUUGAGAUGAAGAGGAUCAAUCGGCAAAUACAGACGGAGACGGAGCGGCUGGUGUUCGGAGGACAUUAUGAGAGCAGAGAAGACUUUGCAGUAGUUCUGCAGCCAUUUUUUCAAAGCACCGUGGUGCCAAUGGGAGAGGACCGGCAGCCAGAUCUGAGCUUCUUCUCAGUGGACUGUUUCCACUUCACUGAGCGUGGACAUGCUGAGAUGGCCAUUGCGUUGUGGAACAACAUGUUGGAGCCGAUGGGCAACAAACAGACCUACAACAAUUUUACACACGACCGCAGCAAGAUACGCUGUCCCUCUGAGGAGCAUCCCUUUAUCUUUACUAGAGUUAACAGUUUUACCUCUGGGCCUGUCGACCCAACAGGGCUUACCCCAUCUCCCCUCAACCCCCAGGGCUCAGUGGCAUUGUGGGUAGCAGUGGUGUUGACUGUGGCUGGAGUUCUGGUGGGCGGAGUCAUGACCUGGCUCGCUCUUUCCUGCAGCGGGCGCAGGAAGAGAAAAAGCAGUGACAAGCUCAGCUCUGUUAAGAUACAGGGUCACGAAAGCAAAUUUUAAUACACACUGGCAUCCAAUUCUUGUUUACGAGAAAUACAAAAAUAAUAAAAAAUAUGUAUAAUUAUUUGUUGUUAAUUAAAGUAAGCUGCCACAGUUGUUUUUGUGUUUAUUGUCAUGAGAAAGGAGAAAUAUGUACUGUACUGUACAGUGGUUUGCAG